AUGGCGGAGGAGGAGAAAGAAAAGCCGGAGGAGUUUGUGAAAAUAGUUCCCUCUAUGGUAAAACGGCCUAAGAUUGCUUGGAGCGAUGACUUGAGCCACGACUCUGAAGAAGAUAGAGAACGCGAACGCUUAGCCCAGCUAGAACGUGAACUAGAACAAACGCCAGUGAAGCCAAUCUACGAACCAGAAGAGUUAAAGAAGCUUGUAGACUACGUCGUAAGGAUGACCACAAUAUUUGACCUCCGGCCUGAAGACUGGACAGAAGAAACAAGAGACCAGAUCGAGAGCUGGUUCCUUGAACCGAAGAACCUCAUACUCUGCAUAUAUUUUAAAGGGGAUAAGCUUAAAGCUAGUCAUGAUAUACCUCUGACGCCUGUUUAUGAUUUGACAUAUUUCAUAAGACCUCCUGAUUUUGUGUUUAAAGCUGAAACAUUUCAUGAUGAUAUCGUCUUCGGAACGUUCAGGGAUUCUAUUGAAUCGAAUGUGAUUAACAUGAUGGAGUACGUGUAUGCUCCUUAUUUCUUCGCCAUUACUACUUGGCCUGAUAGUGUCAAAAGCGAGUUCUGCACCCACAUCCACACGUUUCUCGCUAAACUAACAGACAUGUAUUAUAAAAUGUUGGGUCUAACUGUCCUAUACAUACCUCGGGAAGGUCAAAACCUGUCAUUCGAAAAAGCCAGUGCAGAUCGUGAGCUGGUGAAAAGGCUUGAAGGUGUAGUGGUCUAUUGGACCCACCAGAUCAAGUCGUGCUUAGAAGAUACGGCUUUUGUUGCAUCGCAGAAGGAACUGUUGUGUCCUAGCGAUGAAUAUGAUUUCUGGAUUUAUAGACAUGAAAACCUGAACGCCUUGCUGCACCAACUCAAAAACCCAGCAGUGAAACACAUCACCAAGAUCCUCGUCACCACACAUUCCACCUUCAUACACCAAUUCCAAACACUUUGCGAAGAAAUUGUCCGAAAGGUCCGAGAGGCGACAUCUAACAUAGAGUUCUUGCAGAUUAUAAAGCAGCCUUGUGCAGUCCUGGAGUGCGUGGUUGACCCUGACGAGAUAGCGAAGCACAUACCUAAUAUUAUCAACUUAUUUCGCUUCAUCUGGAUGGAAUCUCCGACUUACAACUCAGAAACGAGAAUCACAAAUCUUUUCAAAGCUUUAAGCAACCAGAUCAUCAUUCUCUGCCGGAAUUAUAUUAAAUUGGAUGAUCUUUUUGAUGGAAAAACGAUCAAAGCUUUAGGUGAAUUUAGUAAGUGCAUUGAUUGCUGCAAGAAGUAUAGGGAGAUUUACGACGUGAUGGCGGAGGCUCAUAACGAGGAGAAUCCAAACAGCUGGGAGUUAGACACUGGAUCUAUCUUCAACUAUAUCGACUCGUUCAUUCAAAGGUGCUUCGACAUGCUCGAUGUUUGUAACUGCAUGAUUAUUUUCGGAAGAAUUAACGAAUACGAAACUAUAAGCAAACCAUGCUUUGGUGGGGCACGGGGCGAACAGUUCGAGGCCAAAUGCGAGAAGAUAGAACGCAUGUUCUUCUCAGCUUUGUUGGACGUAAAGGGUGUGGUAAAUACCAUCUUGGACGUGCAAGCACCAUCGUGGUAUGAUGACAUAUUAGCCUUCAGGACUGUCAUCAAGGAUAUAGAGAUUAUCAUAGAGAAUCUGGUGGACACCGUGUUUGAAGGCGUCAACCACGUGGAGGAGGCUGUGGUCGCACUGUAUUCCCUAAAUAACUAUUCUAAACGGAAGAACUUGAAACGUGUCUUCAGGAGAAAGACUUCGGAGAUGUGGUCGAUGUUCAGUGAAGAGGUGCAAGAGUCGAAGAAGGACAUGGUAUCCACACGGAGCCACUACCCAGCUGACAUGCCGUCAUACGCUGGCAGGGCGUCCGUGCUCAAGAUGCGGAAGAAUCGCCUUCUUUAUCUAAAAAACGUAAUGACAGACGCGUCUGCGUGGCUACUGCCCUGCAGCAGCUCUGAAGAUGUGAUAAUGCACGUGAACAGACUGAUGGGAGCUAUCGAUGUAGCCAUAAGAGAACUCUGGAUAGCUUGGACGCACAACUUGGAUGAAAACUGUGGCGCCGGGCUGAACAAGACUUUGAUGAGAAAGAGCGCUGAUAACCCUGGACUGUUGGAGUGUAACAUUGAUGUGAACAUUCUAGAACUCUGCAAUGAAGCGGCACACUGGGAGAACUUGUUGAUGGACAUCCCUCAACACGCUUUUCAGGUUUACUCAAAAAGCUCGACUGUGAACUACGUAUACGAGAGCGUACUGGCUGUGGUGAAGGGAUACAACAAGAUAUUGGAGUCUCUGUCUGACGAGGAGAGACUGCUGUUCAGACCUCUCAUCAUGGACCACAACGCGACUCUUAUCAUAAGCGGCGUGAUCUGGGUGACGUCCCGCCUGCAGGCGCCAUGUUCAGUUAAUUCACGGAAGUUAAGCAUGUCUCAUGUUGGAGUAACUAUUCAGAAACACUAA